GUGUAAUGGUUGGUAUGGGGCAAAAGGAUUCGUACGUAGGGGACGAAGCUCAAUCUAAGCGUGGUAUCUUGACUUUGAAAUAUCCCAUCGAACACGGUAUCGUUACAAAUUGGGACGAUAUGGAAAAAAUUUGGCAUCACACUUUCUACAAUGAACUUCGUGUUGCCCCUGAAGAGCACCCUGUGCUUUUAACUGAAGCACCACUUAAUCCUAAGUCAAAUCGCGAAAAAAUGACUCAGAUUAUGUUUGAGACUUUCAAUGCGCCUGCUUUCUAUGUUGCUAUUCAAGCUGUAUUGUCGCUGUAUGCCUCCGGUCGUACCACCGGUAUUGUUCUUGAUUCCGGUGAUGGUGUUACUCACACCGUUCCAAUUUAUGAAGGUUACGCCUUGCCUCACGCUAUUCUAC